AGGAAAGCCGAGGCUACAGUCUGAAUCUCAACCAAAGGACAUAAGGUGAAUAUUUGACCUGCAUCGUCUCCAUCAUGAAGCUGCUGACUCUGUCAUUCCUUCUUUGUGCCCUGCUGGCUCUGAGCUUGGCUGCGGAUGCCAAGAAUGAAACCGUGACUCAGGAGGCUAAGGAGGCUGUCACUGAAGGACCCAAGAAUGAGGAAACUGUUCCAGAACCUGUAGAAGAUGGAUCUGAGGAGGAGGAAUCAGCUACAGAGGGAGAAGAAGAAACUGAAAGUGAUGCUGACACAUCAGAAAAAAGUCACGUGGCCAAGAGAGCAACAUCUUGCCCCAGUGGCUGGACAAGAUAUGGAUCUCGCUGUUUCUACUAUGUUGGAGCCAGUUACACCUGGGCUCAAGCUGAGGCCUACUGUGUGGCCCGGGGUGGAAACCUUGCAUCUGCACGGAGUUCCUCUGAAUACAACUGGCUUAGAAGCUACAUUUACAGCAGGGCUCGUUCAUAUAAAAUGACUUGGAUCGGCGGUUCAGACGCAGAGCAGGAGCGUAUGUGGUUUUGGAGUGAUGGCUCCCGCUUCAGCUAUAACUCCUGGUGCUCAGGAAUGCCGAGAACCACCACCAGUUAUAACUGCCUUGUCAUGAACUACUCAGCUUGCAGAUGCUGGUUGGACUAUCCCUGCAGUUAUCGAUACCCAUUCGUCUGUGUGAGGAAAUAAAGACCUUCACAGCAGCCUGUAAAAAAUUCAAACUAUUCUUCCAUUUCUUGAUCUAUCUCAUAUUUCUGUAAUCCUAACCUUGAAAAAGCAGGUUGAUUGUCUCUGAGGUCACGUGCCAAAGAGCAAACCUAGAUCUGCAGAGUAACCUGUACUUUCUUCUCUUUAUCCUAAUAAAAUUUCUGAAGCAUUGAAA